AGCCGGGAAUGGAGAGUGGCAGCUUUGGGGAAGCUCCCACGACUACUUCAACUCCCACCAUCGGACCAUUUCUGACCUUCAAUUCAUCUCCUAGGAAUCCAUUUCAAUCUCCUCUACGAUUAUUAACCCUCUACAUCUCUAAACUUCUACCUCUGCAACAUCUCACAACAUGGCUGCUCCCAAGUCCCGUCUCCCUCUUUACCUCGGUCUGACCCUUGCCGGUGCGGGUGGCUACUACCUGUAUUCCGCUGGUGGCGACCCCAAGGUUGCUGAGAAGCAAUUUGAGCACGAUGCUGCUCGCGUCUCCGCAAAGGUCCGAGGCGAAUUGCCCGGAAAGGAAAAGGAGGCACAGAAGCAGGGCGAAGAGUGGGCGCAGAAAGCUGGUGCCAGGAUUGACAGCACAGUCGAUGAUGCCAAGUCAAGGAUCGAUCAAGCCAAUAAAGAUGCUAGCUCCAAGUUUAAUGAGUACCGCAAGGAGGCAGGAACUCAAUUGAACAGUGCCGUCGAUACUUUUGACAAGAAGGUGGAAGAGGGUACUUCCAAGGCCAAGAGCGGCAUCUCGGGCUGGUUCGGCGGCAAAUAAAUUGACGACGCUUUCGACAUUCUCCAUUGAUUGAAAAGCCCUUGUUUUCGCUGGCUCAAUCAUGGUUUCUUGGCGCACUAGGAUGAUAUUUCCUUCCUUUUUGAAUCUUUAAUGGGUCCAUGUACAUUAUGAAGUACGUGAUACGAAUAGCGCGGUUUAAUGCAUCAUGAUAUUCAAAAUGAAAGCGGGCUUUAAGAGCCAUAGUGAUUUGUGCCUGUGCCGCUGAGAGCCAAGGGCCAAUGUUGUCCGAAAUCUUCCAAAGGUCCGCCUAGAAUAAUACUAUCAGAUUGCUGUACUUUUACAAAAUAGCGAGAUGAAUGUGGAGACGCGAAACUCCUUACGGCAAAACAUGGGGC